AUGUCUUCUAAAUUUUCUGCUUAUUCUCAAUCUCAUUCAAUUUCAAAGCAAAGAUGUUUUUUAAUUUUAUUUCUUGUCUCUAUACCUUUUCUCAUGUUUGUCCUUUCAAUGAAGUACCAAAGAGUUGAUGUUCAUUUGAACACAAAACCAAAUUCACCAAAAAAAUAUCUAAACACAAAACCAGCUUGGUUUGAGGUUAUAGCAAAAGGUUUUAAUGGCAAAACAAAGAUCAAGAUAGGUCUUGUUAAUGUCAAUUCAAGAUCAAUGGAUAAACAAUUACAUGCAAUUCGACCGCAAGUAGAUAUUGUUCCUAUUCAUUUUGAUCGUCUUGAUGAGAAUUUGAAAUGGAGUGAUUUUUUUCCAGAAUGGAUCGACGAGGAAAACAAAUGGGACGAACCCAAAUGCCCAGAUAUGCCUAUGCCUUCAUUGGAGAAUUAUAAAGAUCUUGAUGUUGUGAUAGCCAUGGUUCCAUGUGGGGAGGGGUUAGGGGAGGAAAAAGGGAUUAGAGAUUUAUUUAGAUUACAAGUUAAUUUAGUGGUGGCUAAUUUAGCUGUGGAAACUAAGUGGCAAGAAAAGUUGGAGAGUAGGAAUAUGUAUGUUGUUUUUGUUGGAUCUUGUGGUCCUAUGAGUGAGAUUUUCAGAUGUGAUGACCUAUUGAUGCAUCAAGGUGACUAUUGGGUUUAUAAGCCUAAUUUAAAGAGACUUAAGCAGAAAACGCUUAUGCCUGUUGGUUCAUGCCAAAUUUCUCCUGGAUAUGCAGAAUCAGGUAAAGAGACAUGGAGGAUGUCACAAAUAAGUUAUAGUAACAAAAUUGUGCAAGUUCCAAAGCUAGCCUAUGUAACUGUUCUUCACUCUUCAGAAGAUUAUGUUUGUGGCGCAAUAGCUCUUGCACAAAGCAUUCUUUUAACCCGUAACACCAUUUUUUAUCCCAUAGAUCUUGUUCUCCUAGCAGAUGACUCAAUUGGCCCCAAAUCCAUUAGAGGUUUAACCGACGCAGGAUGGAAAAUCAAACGCGUUCAACGUAUCGAAAGUCCCUUCGCCAAAAAAACCGCAUAUAAUAGGUGGAACUAUAGCAAGCUACGUAUAUGGCAACUUACAAUGUAUGAUAAAAUAAUUUUCAUAGAUUCUGAUUUUUUGGUAUUGAAGAACAUUGAUGGUUUCUUUGCUUACCCUCAAUUAUCAGCUGCACCUAAUGAAAAUGUUAUAUUCAAUUCGGGGUUGAUUGUAGUUGAGCCAUCUCAAUGCAUGUUUGGAAACAUGAUGAAUAAAACUUCUAAGGUGAAACCAUAUAAUGGAGGUGACCAAGGUUUCUUGAAUGAAAUAUUCACAUGGUGGCAUAGGUUACCAUCAAAAUUAAAUCAUAUGAAAUCAUUUACACAAAUGGAUGAUAAUGAUAAACAUGAGGUACCAAAGGAUGUGUAUGCUUUACAUUAUUUGGGGUUGAAACCAUGGACAUGUUAUAGAGAUUAUGAUUGUAAUUGGGACAUGCAAGAUCAUCAUAUAUUUGCUAGUGAUUCAGCUAAUGAAGUGUGGUGGAGAGUUUAUGAUACUAUGCCAAAAAAUUUGCAACAAUAUUGUGCACUUACAAAAGAAUCAAAUGAAAGAAAUGUCAAGCAUAGAAAAAGAGCAAGAAAUGCUAGUUUCCCUGAUGGACAUUGGAGAAUUGAGAUUAAGGAUCCUAGGAAGAUGAAAUAUUUAGAUUAGGAUAAGGUGUGUA